AUCAGUUGUGACGUUUGACGUCUAUAUGUGUUAACCAAGUUGUCUGAUAAAUUCUCAUAGGAAUGUUUUUCUAAUUAAUAAAUAUUUUUUUAAAUGGAGUGAUAUUCAUAUAUAUGCGACUGAUAUUCUCUGGUCAAAAUGAAUUAUAAUUCAAAUGCUGGUACACGAACCAGUUUUGGUCGUAAAGUCAAAAGAGUUAGUGAUGUGAAUGCAAUGGGAUAUACACCCUUCGAGGCGAACGUACCUCAACAACCAACUUAUGCAAAUAUGGGUCAAGAGCCCCAAAAUAUACCGCAGUACCCUCCGCAAGAUUAUGUGACUUCUCCCAUGAUGAGUCAGAAUGUAGAUGUGGGUCCUUCUGCACCACCAAAUGUUUUAUAUAAUAUGAAUAUGCCAUAUAUGGACAGUUCUCAAAGACCUAACUUAUCUGCUUUCAAACAACCAAUUGUACAAGACUUUGCCCUUCAAUAUGGUCAACAGUUGGCUAGUGUGGGAACAACUAUGAUACAAAAAGAAGUUGGAAGAUUUGUUCCUGUUGGAAAACUAAAAUACUAUUUUGCAGUUGAUACCAAAUAUGUGUUGAAAAAAUUAAUGCUUCUCUUAUUUCCAUUCACUCAUUCGAAUUGGUCAAUUAAAUAUGAACAAGAUGCACCAGUCCAACCUAGGUUUGAAAUAAAUGCGCCAGACCUGUAUAUUCCUAUGAUGGCUUAUAUUACAUAUAUAUUAAUUGCAGGACUUCUCUUAGGGACCCAACAGAGAUUUACAUUUGAACAAAUUGGAAUUCUUUCAUCCUCUGCUUUGGCUUGGUUUGUGGUUGAGUUGUGCGUUUAUUUAGGUACAUUGUAUAUAUCAAUGAUUCAAACUAAUCUUCGUACCUUAGAUCUUCUGGCAUAUAGUGGUUACAAGUUUGUUGGGAUGAUUUUUAGUGUACUCAUAAGUUUAUUUGGAGGAAAAACUGGUUAUUAUGUUUGUUUACUUUAUACAAACUUUGCCUUGGCUUUCUUUCUUAUUAGGUCAUUGAAAGCACAAGUUUUGUCAGAAGUUAGUACUCAAACUAGUUAUUAUGGGGAUCCAAGCCAACGAAUGGGCAAUAAAAGACGAUUGUACUUUCUUCUAUUUGUUGCUUUUACUCAACCAGUUUUAGCUUGGUGGCUCUCUUAUCAUUUGAUCAGUGGAGGUGUUAUAAAGAAAGAAUUAUAAAGCUUAUGAUAUUUGUAUGAAUUAUAAACUUGGAAUAACUUCUAUUUUUAUGUGAAAAACUAAUAAAUUUAAUCUUUAUCUUAA